GGUUGGUUCGGUGAGCCCAUUGGCAGUGUGUGACAGGAGGCUUCCUCUCUCUCUCCACCCGCGUCUCGAAAGGGGCGGAGACCGGAGACGCGAAGGCAGCAGCAGAGCCAAGCCGUCCCCCGCCGGGCCAUGGACCGCGCGCAGCUCCUCCUCGUCGGCCUCCCGGCCCUGCUCUUCUUCUCCGAUCUCACCCACAUCUUCGCGCCGCCGCCUCCCCACCUCCGCCACCCCCAUCACCACCCCCCACACCACCACCCCCAUCCGCCGCACCACCCGCACCCACCGCACCACCCCCACCCCCACCCGCCGCACCACCACCCGCACCCGCCGCACCACCACCACGACGACCCCGCUGCGGCGGCCAUACAGGAGCCGCGUGUGGAUGGAUCCGGAUUUGACACGACCGUCGAGCUGCAAUUCUGUGCCUCCUGCUCGUACAAGGGAACUGCAAUGACUAUGAAGCGCAUGCUGGAAACUUCAUUUCCUGGCAUUCAUGUUGUCUUGCAAAAUUAUCCUCCGCCAUUCCCCAAGCGCGUACUGGCCAAAGUUGUACCAAUUCUUCAAGUUGGAGCCAUUGUGACAAUAAUGGCUGGUGACCAGAUUUUCCCCAGGCUUGGAAUGGUUCCACCUCCAUGGUACUACUCGCUGCGUGCCAAUAGAUUUGGAACCAUGGCGACAAUCUGGCUAUUUGGCAACUUUGCUCAGUCCUUUCUACAAAGCUCCGGUGCCUUUGAAGUUUACUGCAAUGGAGAUCUGGUAUUCUCAAAAUUAGCUGAGCAGAGGUUCCCUAGUGAGUUCGAGCUGCGGGAUCUCAUUGGCAACAGAUUACCGGAGUCUCCAUUUGGGAGGAAUCUUGGAAAAGCCUUGACUUAGAUGAUGGUCCCAGAAAUCUGAACUCAGAAUACCACAAUUUCAUCUACGGCUAUUAAGGUUUUCCUAGACGGUAACUCUUUGAUGUUGAUCUAUUGAAGCUGUGCAGCUUGUCUGACACAACUUUCCGGAUGUAUGGCUUGUAUAAAGGAUCACUUGGCUAUUAAGGUUUUCCUAGAUGGUAACUCUUUGAUGUUGGUCUAUUGAAGCUGUGCAGCUUGUCUGGCACGACUUUCCGGAUGUAUGGCUUGUAUAAAGGUUCACCUGGCACGAGACGAUUAUUCAACUAUUGUGGACAUAUGACACUGGAACUGUAGGGCGUCGUGAUCGCCUGAUAAUUUCUGGGAGAUUUGUUGAAGUGUACUUACUA